AUGGACAUCCGCCUCCUCAAGUCCUCCGACCUCCCGCUGAUCCAGCACGCCAACCUCGAGAACCUCCCCGAGAACUACUUUCUCAAGUACUACCUCUACCACGCCCUGUCCUGGCCCCAGCUCAGCUUCGUCGCCGUCGACGUGUCGCGCCCGGCCAAGACGCCCUACGACUACCCCAAGAUUGUCGGCUACGUGCUGGCCAAGAUGGAGGAGGAGCCCGCCGACGGCAUCCCCCACGGCCACAUCACCUCCCUCUCCGUCAUGCGCACCCACCGCCGCCUCGGCAUCGCCGAGAAGAUCAUGCGCCAGUCCCAGCUCGCCAUGGUCGAGACCUUUGGUGCCCAGUACGUCUCCCUCCACGUCCGCGUCAGCAACCAAGCCGCCAUCCGCCUCUACCGCGACACACUCGGCUUCACCUCCGACAAGACCGAGGCCAAAUACUACGCCGACGGCGAGGACGCCUACUGCAUGCGCCUCGACCUCUCCGACAUUCGUGACCGCGUCAACGAGGAGCGCGACGCCGAGCGCGAGCCCCAGGGCGAGGACCAGGACGAGGGCGAGGCCGUGGGCGAUGUCGGCUCCGAUCCUAGCAAGAAGUCGAAGCCCGAUGGCGAGCCCAAGCGCAAGGUCAAGGUCGGCAAGGCGCUGGGUGUCGGCGAGCUCGUGGAGAAGAAUGAAUCCAAGUGA